GUGACGAUUUUGCCGCCAUCGUAUUUGUUUCAUUUCCAAUCAUAAACCGCCAGAAUUUUCUCUGCUGGCUUUUGACCGUGUAUACGCAAGUGAAGUACUUUUUUCGCUAAUUCUAUCGCUCGUUUGUGUGAACAAGAACCGAAAACUUUCUAUGCUUGAUUUAUAGAACAACGGGUUGAGGCAGUGAUGAGACGUUCCAAGACAGCGCCUCCCUGCUGCUUUAUCUGCAAGAGUACGGAAGAUGAUGAGCUUCUUUUUGGUAAAAUAUACACCAAGUGGCGUCUCCGGGUCCACUAUUACUGUUUGCUUCUUUCGUCGAACAUGAUACAAAAUGGAGAAUCCGAUGAGGAAGGAAUUUUUGGUUUUCUCGAGAAGGACAUCCGGACCGAGGAGGCCCGUAUUCAGAAUCAAAAAUGCUAUCUUUGCAAAGAGCGCUAUGCUAAUGUCCACUGCUGUGCUAAGAAGUGCUUCCGAACGUUCCACACUAUCUGCGGCAUACGGAAUGGGUGUUUGUCUCAUUUCGUCGAUACUUACCAGUCGUGGUGCGACAAGCAUGUCGAGCUGCGGGAUGCGGUGAAACACAGCGAGACUGAUGUCUGUGGAAUUUGCUACGACGGGAUGGGACCGUACAAUCGGGUGGAGUCGAUUCAUGCGCCCUGCUGCCAGAAUGGCUGGUUCCAUAGGCGGUGUGUGGCGCAGUUUGCUCAAACGGCGGGGUAUUUCUUCAAAUGUCCCCUCUGUAACAACAAGGAUGACUUUACGCGGUUCAUGCAGCAGAGAGGGGUUUUCGUACCGGAGAAAGAUGCCGCUUGGGAGCUAGAGCCAAACGCUUUUGGAGAACAGCUGGAAAGGCCCUCCGUAUGUGAUGCUGAGGAGUGCUUCUGCCGUCACGGACGUGAAUACGACGAUGAAAAGUGGGAUUUGAGAUUGUGCGAAACUUGCGGCUCUACUUGUCGCCAUGAUCUCUGCAUGGAGGUUCCAACAAAGAAUUACGUUUGUGCGUUUUGUCGUCCGAUUGUAGGCGAUGAAGCACCGGCUGCGGUACUUGCACUGGCUGAGGCUUCUCGAAGAGCGGAAGCUGCCAGACUGGCUGCUGCUGCUUCCAGCUCUUCGUCGGAUGAAAGCGAUGACCUGGAUUCAAAUGGUCCAAGGCGCGAAUCAGGUAUUCAUAGUCCUGGAAGUAGCAGUGGAGGUAGCAGCUCGACGUCAACCAUUGGUGGUGCGAAAGCAAAUAGGAAAAUACGCCAAAUUCCUUCAGAUAGUACUUCCAGUUCCGAUAUUGGUUCUUACAGAAAAAUAAAAACCAAAAAGCGACGGAUCGAUUCAUCGGAAUCAACCGCGUCAAGUUCACCGGUUGUUAGAUCUAAGAAACGCAAGUCUUGGUCGAAGCAAAAAUCCGUACUGGAGCAAAGCGAGGAAAGUGACUCUGGCUCCGAGGUAUGCCUGGAAACAAAAAAAUGUCGAAGAAUGUCCACAUCGUCGUUUGCUUCACUCUCUUCACGUGACGGUGAAGACUGUGUAAAUCUGCAGAUGCUUUUGAAAAUAAUACCUCUGAAGGAGGCUAGCGUAGAGAAGUUGAUCAAAUUGAAACCGAUUGUUCAACUGCCGAAGCUCAGCGAAGAUCAGAUUAGGAUGAUGAGUUCAGCCGAAGCGGAGGCAGCAACAUUCGAUUUCAACUAUCGCGUUAGGUUGAAUAAAACUCAGCGGCGCAAAACGAUGACCGAUUUGCAGCAGUCGAUAAAGGAUGCUAUUCGUUCCGACACUGAUACGUUAACCGAUGGUUCAGCGAGCCUGGAAAAAAAGCCGACUAAGACGCCUAAGAAGACCUUCUCUAAACCAUUCAAGCUAAAGUUGCUUCUAUCAAAGUCUGCUUCGCAGAAACGUGUUGUCUCUACCAGCAGCGAAUCUGAUCUAGACGUUCCGGCAAAGAAAUUGUGCAGCAGCCGUAUUGAAUUAUUUCCCCCAGACAACUCGGAGAACACUUGUCCGAAUAGUCCGAAGAAAACAGCUUCCAAGGAGGAAUCGAUUGUCAGCAUGAUCAAGCCAUCUCCUGCUAAGUUGCAAGCUACGAACGCGUCGCUCUUUUCACCGGUAUCAACACCCAAAACGGAAUGUAAGGAAAAAAAGCUAUCGACAGCCCAGAGGACCGUCGGAAGCAAUCAGAAAACGUUGACAAGCUUUUUCAAAAUAUCUCCGCCGAUCUCGCAUGAGGUGGGCUCCGCCACAGGCUGCAGUGCAAUAUUGUCAUCUCCAGCAUUGUCAACCCCUUCAUCGUCGUCGGCUGCUGCUGGAAAAAGCACUAAAAGCAUGUCUGCCAGUGGCUCGCGGAAGAAGCUGGCUGAAGUGGAUCGCAGUCAGAAGAAUCUACUGGAUUUUUUCAACAGGUGCUAGCCGGAGAAGGAAUGAAUGAAACAACAAAAUUUUGAAUAAUAGUUUUAAAUAUUUUACCUCUGUUUCUAUUGUUUCUCUAUGCAAGAGAACAUCAUUCUAUUGACAGUCGGUAGAAACGCGGUAAACAUUAGAGAUUAUUUUUAAUUAUGUUACAAAAACUUAUAAAUAAACGAACGGUAUGUGGAAACAUCUCUCAA